CUUUAUUCCAUCUCCACCCACCGCCAACACCACCAUUUGCAACCCUUCUCUUCUCUCCAUCUCUGCAACUGCUGCGCUGCCAAAAGGAGAGAAUCGGAAGGGCAAAAGGGUAGCAAAAAGGAAAACGAUGGGCGAUCAGAUAGGGAGGGGAGAGGAAUUCGAGAAGAAGGCCGAGAAGAAGCUGACCGGCUGGUCUUUGUUCGGGUCCGGCAAAUACGAAGACGCUGCUGAUUUAUACGAUAAGUCCGCUAAUUGCUACAAACUCUCCAAAUCCUGGGAAAAAGCUGGAGCGGUGUACAUCAAAUUGGCUAAUUGUCAUUUGAAGUCAGAAAGCAAGCAUGAAGCUGCUUCGGCCUAUGUGGAUGCAGCAAACUGUUACAAGAAAAUAUCCCCCCAAGAAGCUAUAUCUUGCUUAAAUCAGGCCAUGAAUCUGUUCUUGGAGAUUGGGAGAUUAAACAUGGCUGCAAGAUACUGCAAGGAAAUUGGUGAAUUAUAUGAGACUGAACAAGACUUUGAACGGUCGAUGGAUUACUUUGAACGUGCCGCCGAUCUUUUCCAAAGUGAAGAAGUGACUACAUCUGCAAACCAGUGCAAGCAGAAGGUUGCACAAUUUGCUGCUCAACUGGAACAAUAUCCUAAGGCGGUUGAGAUUUUUGAAGCGAUAGCCAAGCAUUCGAUGAACAACAAUCUUCUGAAGUACAGUGUUAAAGGAAUUCUCCUCAAUGCUGGCCUCUGCCAGCUUUGCAGGGGCGAUGUUGUUGCAAUAACAAACUCAUUAGAGCGAUACGAGGAAAUGGAUCCGACCUUUUCAGGGACGCGUGAACACAAGUUUUUAGCUGAUUUAGCUGCGGCAAUUGAUGAAGAAGAUGUUGAGAAGUUCACUAGCGUGAUCAAGGAGUUCGAUAGCAUGACCCGGCUGGAUGCUUGGAAAACCUCUCUACUCUUGAAAGCGAAGAAUGCACUGAAAGCCAAAGAAGAAGAAGAGGAUGAUCUUACCUAAGUCUUCUCUCUGUCUUUCACUCCAUGCUUUCGGUUUGUAUUUUACUAAUUUGCAUCAUGAUGUGGUGGAACUCUCUUGCCCCUUCUUUCACCUAUUAAUAUGAUUGAUCAUUUGUAUCUACCUUGGUUUGGGAUAUCACUAUUUAGAUAGAUUGGAUUCGCUUU